ACUAAUAAGGAUGGGCUCUGCCAGCAAGCACUCCUGCAUCCCACAGCUCCCACGGUGCUGCUGUGGAGAGCUGUGAGAGCGACAGUCAGGAGGAAUAAAAGCCAUUAAGUCCCCCUGUGCCUUCACAGGCAGGGUCUCAGGGGGCUGAGCACAGCUCUAAAGUCCCACCGGAUUGGACUCUCCCAGCAGGCUUUCACUGAAGGAUUUUGCUGUUCUUCUGACUGGUCUCCUCAUGCACAGGUGAACGGCUUUGGCACCCACGGCACUCUCAGACAAUCCAAAAGGUUCAUCACGAUGACUGCUGGCCUGGAGAAAGCCUGCCACCGGUGCAUAUCCAAAAUUGCCAGCAAUGCAUUCUUUAUAUUUGGGCUCCUCGCUUUCCUUGCCUUACCACUGUCCAUGACUUUUAUAGGAAUGAAGUUUUUGGAAGAUUGCCCAGUUCAGCCACUAAUUCCAUUAUAUCUGCUGGUGGGUGGCGUGAUUGGCAGCUUAAAGGUGACUCUCCUGCUGUAUGACUCAACCAGGAUGAGGCAGCUGCUUUCCAAGUCUGUUGUGAUUGAUGAUGAUGAUGACGAUGAAUAUCCCUGGAGGCAGAAUGCUCACAAGUACUACAUCCAUCUAACCCUCAGCCUUUUCCUCUUUCUCUGGUUCAUUCUUGGGAACUACUGGGUUUUUUCUGUGUACCUGCCAAAUUUCAUUCCGCCUUUUCAUCAGCCUCAGGAUUACUGUGACAAAACCCUGUACAUUUUUGCUGUCGGUGUUCUCAUUAUCAGCCAUACUGUUCUGUUUCUCCUUAUCUUUUGUAGCUGCUGCAUAUACUGUUUUUCCAGGCAAAGAUUCUCUUCUGAGGAAGAUUAAAUGUCACAAAAAUAAAGCCCCAGAUGUUUGGGCAAGAGUGUACAACAAAGAACAGGCAAUAAUACACCUGUAGGUACAUCUUUGUUGUACUAUAUGUAUGUAUGAUAGCAGUCAACUGCAAGGGGAAAAUGUAAAAUACAAUGCCGUCUGGAAAUACCUAUGCUGGAAUACAGUAUAGUCUAUGUAAAAUUGCUGCUACAGAUGCCAGGGUGCACUCCUGCUAACUUUUACAUCCCUUUUUUAACUCUUGGAUAUUCUAUCUGGAGCGAGCUCCUGCAGAUGGCAAGCUCCUCUAAAACCAGGUCUCCUUAUGUUGUAUAUAGCACAGUACAGCAUAGUACAUUUUUGCCUAUAAAAGUAGCCAUCUUGUCUUCUUCACUGGGGUCUGAACAUCUCCAUAACCUUGCUGAGGUUUGCUCUGUCCCCACAUUACAGAUGAGGGAGUGAGACAAGGAGACAAAGAGCUGUAUUCAGGCCACUUUGCAUGGUUCAUGGACUUUGACAGUAAGUUAGCUGCUUGCUGGAGAGCAAUUCAGGACACAGUCAGACCAGCCAGUAAGUAGCUAUGAUAUUAACACGAACAUGUAUAAAAGGCAACCUGAAUAUGGCCCUCAGGUCUCUUCUAAUCUUAGACUAAAAAGCAUCUAUAUCUAACUUUGUGGCUAAAACAGGCACUAUGAAUAUAUCCAUAUACAUCCAAUACAUCCAAACUGAGCCAAGGCUGCUUUGCAAGUCUUUGGCAGAACAUGGAACUGAGCUACUGAAUGUCAUAUUGGUGCUUCAACCAGGGCUCGGCAUAUCCCAAUCUGGGAAGACUCUUCCUCGUACUUUUUCUAUAGCAGUAAUUUGUCAGUACCACACUAACACAGAGAUGUCUAUUGCACCAUUGUGACCAAUUCCAUAGAAAAAUACAUGAUGUUAACCUUGGUAUUUUAAACUUAAAAAACAACAGUAAAACAUUGGCAGGGAUGUUAGAAUUUCAGGCGUUCACUACAGUAGGUCUCUGGUUGUGGCGGGAGCAUACAUUUGGUUUGUUCACCUGGGCACUAUACAUAUGGAAAUCUAUACUUCAGCAGACAGAUGUAACACAAGCAGCUUUUGAGUCAACAGUAGUGUCCAGCUUUAAAAGCACCAGCACGCAGAGACACAACUACUUUGUGACAUGCAAUGGAACAAGCCCAGAACUGGUUCUGGUAGACUGAUUUUCAUGUGUUGAAGAAUGCAGUGUAAAAGUUCUCUUUCUGCUUUUGCUUUUAUGCAUUUCUGUUAAUAUGGUCAAAAGGGAAUGGCUCUCCUCUAGAUGAGCACGAGGGUGGCCCCCAGCACAGGAAGUGGAUGUGUGUUUUGUGUAUUUUUUCUGUUAAAACCCACACAGCUGAAGCCUACGUUUUAGAGAAACCUAAAAGGGUUACACAAUGCCUGUGGAAGAGUGAGAUCUAUAAAAGAACUCAACAAUAUGCCACAGAUGAAUAGGGUCUGCUCAACCAUCCUUCCUGGGAUUGAGGCUGAACACAGUGUAACAUCUGUGGGAACCACCUGUCUUCAACCAUGAACAUUUAUCUCAUGGGCUAUUGUAUAGGUAACUAAGGAUGCAUUUGGUCCCUAAGGAUUUUAAUUCAGGCCCUGGCUUUAAGAAGUGUUUAUUUCCAGAAAACUAAUCUUAGAAAGAAGGUAGGAUAAAGGAUGAAAUAAUUUGACAUGAGGGCAGCAUCAGUGUAGCAUUCCCCUGCUCUGCUUCCCCCUUAGGAGAAGUCACAGUCAGGCUGUCCCGUUCAGAAACUGAUGGAACAGGAAUUACUAACCCUGCUGGCUGACUUAGGCCAUUCACGGCUGUAUGUAGGGAGAUAUGACCAAUGGAAAACUUCACUUUUAUUCAAGAGCCUCAGACUGGAUCUAGGAGAAAUCACUGGCUCUGUUUCCCAAAGAGCUGCUCUACCACACGCUCUCCACUGCCUCUCUAGUGGUACUUUACUUUUCUAAAACAUAACUGCAAGCAAUGGUGAAAUGCUAUAACUCUUUCCCACUCCCCAAACUUCACUGGCUCAGCAUUCAGUUCUGAACUGAUCUGAGGGAUUUUACCUUCAGUAGAGAGCAUCUUUCACUCAUUAAGAUACCAAAGUGAUUAAAAGAUUGCCUAUCAGCAGGCAAAACUCCAUCCAUCACUCAAAUACAGCAAAGCAGCUGUUCGUCAUUACACAUAAACUUUAUCCAGAAGCUUGGAACAGGCAUAAAACCAGAAAAUUAUACUCAAUUGAUAAUGCAAAAGAAAUUUAAAAAGAAAGUAAGUCCAUUCACAGGACUCCAGUACAUACUUCCUCGUUCCUGCAAAAUGCUGCUAGAAUUAUUCUUAAUCACAGGGAAUUAGGAGCUAAUACUCCUGAUUUAAAUCUGAAUUGAUUCCCAUGUCACUGUGCAUCCAGUGACCCCACAGAAAAUGCUGAUGUGCUCCUAGCUGAGCAAAUAGGAGAUCAUUUUAGUUCAGCUCGGAGAAGAGACAUAAGCUAAGCCACAUUGCCUUGUGUUUGCUGUGUCCCUGUGUGAGCAUAGUUACAGCAGCUCAGCACAUGUGCAAUGAUUUACCAAACUUCAGCC